UUAAGAUCGCGAAUGUUUUUACAACAGGAUAGAAACGAGGCUGAUGAAGCCAAAGAGAAAUCGUCUGGUUUAUUCGAUCCCUCGGCAGAAGCGUUUCAAGAGUCACUCAAAGUGACCAUCAGUUUGUUGGCUGUGGCAAUUAUCCUCGGCUUGAUAUGGCAUUUUGGAAGGUACAAGAAAAAGGAGAAAGAGAAGCAAAGUAAAAGAGAGAAACUGGAAGACAGUAUUCCUUCAUUCCGAGUCGCAGAAUACCUCAGAACGGAGGGUCGCGAGUCACUGGAGGAUUUUUCCAAAUCCUUAGAACAGCAGAUUUCGGCUCUGAGAGAUAAACAAAUUCGUGAGCGUAAGAGCACGUGGCUUUACAAAGCCGAGAGAGCAAGACUCCAUCCAACUAGAUCGCUUAUUUCUUUCGACCUUCGGAGAUCGAGGACACGGGUCAAUCCCGAAGUGAAUACGGCUUUCGACAAAGAUGAGUCGUACACAUCGCCCCGUCAGUCUUCCAUUUCAUCCUUUAAUGAUUUCCGAAAGAAGAAAUCUGGUCAGGUCGUUCCAAUUGUAGAGGAAUGUUCUCCAUCACAAAGUCAUGUGAAUCUUAACCCUGUGAGCGAGGAAAAUAAUGUUCAGUCUUCUCCAGUCUUUCCAAUGCAGGACCGUUCCCCAUCGCCAGCUAAUCAUAGUCGUACCUCCUUAAUGGAGGAAGACGAUGUCCAUUCUAGUCAAGCAUUUCCAAUGCAGGACCGUUCCACAUCCCGAACUAAUCAGAGUCGUACCUCUUUAAUGGAGAAAGAUGAUGUCCAGUCUAGUCAGGUGUUAGCAAUGCAGGACCGUUCCGCAUCCCGAACUAAUCAGAGUCGUACCUCUUUAAGAGAGGGAGGUGAUGUCCAGUCUAGUCAGAUGUUUCCAAUGCAGGACCGUUCCGCAUCCCGAACUAAUCAGAGUCGUACCUCUUUAAGAGAGGGAGGCGAUGUCCAGUCUAGUCAGGUGUUUCCAAUGCAGGACCGUUCCGCAUCCCGAACUAAUCAGAGUCGUACCUCUUUAAGAGAGGGAGGUGAUGUCCAGUCUAGUCAGGUGUUUCCAAUGCAGGACCGUUCCGCAUCCCGAACUAAUCAGAGUCGUACCUCUUUAAGAAAGGGAGGUGAUGUCCAGUCUAGUCAGGUGUUUCCAAUGCAGGACCGUUCCUCGUCGAGGAGUCAUCAUAGUCAGACCUCCUUAAUACAGGAAGACGAUGCUAUGUAGUCGUAAAACUUGUAUCUACUUGUUUUUACAGAUGUAACUGCACUGAUCUCAACACAGCACUGAAUAGCUAAGGUACAUUUGACAUCUAGCGGAUUCUGUACCAAAUUAUCGUCUAUAUAUGGUUAUCUAAUAUUCACUUUUAAAACAAAGUCGAUUGGCUUUUAAACAGGCUUGUAUUAUUGAAGCAAAGUACAUUUAACUUUUUUUUCUAAAAUCGCACCAUUUGUGGUGUUUUGUUUAAAAGAACGUUUAAUUUUUUUGUUGUAAUUUCUAGUUACAAGUUUAACUCACUGAUCUGGUGCAACUUAUCUAAAAUCGUGGGCCAAUUUCCAUGUA